AUGGGAGUUCCAGCAUUCUUCCGAUGGUUGUCUAACAAGUACGAAAAGAUCGUCGUUCCUGCUCAGGAGAUUGAAGGUGAAACAGUCGAUGGCGAAAAGAUCCCCGUGGACCAGACGCUACCAAAUCCCAACGGCAUUGAAUAUGACAAUCUUUAUCUGGAUAUGAAUGGUAUCAUUCACCCCUGUUGCCACCCCGAGGAUCGUCCCACCCCCACAAGCGAGGAUGAGAUGAUCACUUUGAUCUUUGAGUAUGUCGAUCGUAUCAUGAACAUUGUGCGUCCCAAGCGCAUACUGUACAUGGCUGUCGAUGGUGUGGCACCCCGAGCCAAGAUGAACCAGCAACGUUCACGCCGUUUCCGUGCUGCCCAGGAGUCUGAGGAGAAUAAGAUCAAGAAAGAGGAAGAACGCAACCGACUGAUUCGCGAAGGUCUUACGCUGCCCCCGGAGAAGAAGAAGUUCGACUUUGAUCGCAAUUGCAUUACGCCUGGUACUGAAUUCAUGGCGCAUCUCAGUGAGUGCUUACGGUAUUACAUUCAUGAGAGAGCGAGCACGCACCCCGCCUGGAAGGGUGUCAAGGUUAUCCUCUCCGAUGCUACCGUUCCCGGCGAGGGUGAGCACAAGAUCAUCGACUACAUCCGCAAGCAACGAGCCAGGCCGUCGCACGACCCCAACACCAUGCACUGUCUGUAUGGUGCCGAUGCGGAUCUGAUUUUCUUGGCCCUGGGCACGCACGAGCCUCACUUCCACGUGCUCAGAGAAGAGGUCCUCCCGAUGAACCAGAAACCCUGCAUGAAGUGUGGCAAUAUCGGGCACUUCCCUGACCAGUGUGAGGGCAAGAUGCGCGACCCUAACCUACCCCCUAUCUACAUCAAGGCGACGUUCUUGUUUAUCCGCAUCAACGUAUUGCGUGAGUACCUGGAGGACGAACUCUACGUCCCUGGCCUGCCUUUCGCGUUCGAUGUCGAGCGUGCGUACGACGACUGGGUCUUCAUGUGCUUCUUUGUGGGCAAUGACUUUUUGCCGCACAUGCCGUCGCUGGAAAUCCGAGAGGGGGCGAUCGACCUCCUGGUAGACAUCUGGAAGAAGGCCUUGCCCAGGUUGGGGGGGUUCAUCUCGGAGAAUGGGACCGUGAACUGUCACCGGGUGCAGACCCUCUUCAAGGAUCUUGGGGAACGAGAGGACGAGAUCUUCAAGCAACGAAAAGAGGAAGAAGACCGUAACCGUAACCGCCGCAAUCAAAAGAAGGCGGAUAAGAAACGCAAGAAAUUGGCUGAGGGUGAACAAUAUAUAGCGUUAGCGGAGGGAUUCGAGGCCAAACCAGUAAAUGCGCCCUCUGAGAACAAGGGACUGGUGAAGUCGGCUUUUGAAGCGAUGAAAGAACGUGAACAGAGCAAACCCGAAAAUGCCAAUAAGGCGGCUGCGGCUGCGCUUAAGAAGUCACUCACCGAUGACCAAUCCUCUGUCUCGACAGACAGCAUCCGAGUCAUUGACACAACCGUCCCUGGGGCGGACGAGAACCUUCCAACUGAGGGAACGAAGCGCAAGGCGCCAGACGAUGACAGUGACGAGGGUGAACCAGAGGACAACGUCCGCAUGCACGAACCCGGGUGGAAAGACCGUUACUAUAGAAACAAGUUCCAGACCACGGCCGAUGAUAUGGAGCAUGUGAAUGCGCUUUCGCAGAGCUUCAUGGAUGGCUUGUGUUGGGUGUUGAGUUAUUACUUCUUGGGGUGUAAGUCGUGGACGUGGUAUUUCCCGUACCAUUACUCGCCUUUCGCAUCGGAUAUCGCUCGGGCAACAAUUAAGGAGCGGGUGGAAUUCGAGCCCGGAAGCAAGCCCUUCAAGGCCCUCGAGCAGCUGAUGGGUGUGUUACCCGCCUCCAGCGGUAAGCGUUUCCUGCCCGAAACAUGGUCCAACCUCAUGUGGAAGUCCGACUCUCCCAUCUUGGACUUCUAUCCCACAGAUUUCAAGGUCGACAUGAACGGCAAACGCUUCGAGUGGAUGGGUGUGGUACUGCUACCCUUUAUGGACGAAAGCAGGCUCAGAGAGGCGCUGAAAGACGUGUACGACACACUUAAUGAGGACGAGAUAAAACGCAACACUCUGGGCACGGAUUAUGUGAUGUGUGGCGGUCGAAGCACGGCCUUUGAUUCGUUCUGUAAAGUGUACGAGAUCCCCGAAAACGACGUGACACUGCAAAUUGUCCCAGCAGUGGCCCAGGGCAUGACCGGGCUGAUUGGCAAGGAUCCCGAGGCUGUGCUGCCGGGGAGCGUGUACUACUCCCCUCUCACGGGCGAAGGUCUGCCGAACAUCGAGUCUAACAACGCCAUCAGCGUGACUUACGAGAACCCCAAGCUCGACAACCCAGACUAUUCCAUGUCACUCAUCCUGCCUGGGGUCAACUUUCCCGAGAAAAAGACCGGGCCUUCCGAUAUAGAACUGGCGCGUUUAGGAGGGUCUCGAGCGGCACGUCGCGGCAGAGGACGUGGUCGUGGUCGCGGUGGUAGGGGAAGAGGUGGAGGAGAUCGUGGAGGGUAUGGUAACCAUGGCAACCAGGGCGGUCGACAGAAUCAGGUGGACUUCCAUAAGAUGGGCGGUGGUGGAAGGAACUUCCAGCAGGGUCCGGGCUACGAGGAACAAAUGCAGCACACACAUGUGGAAGUGCAGAAUGCUUUCACGUCGGGCUAUCAACGGCGCCCGGCCAACAACAACGGCAACUACCCGCCACGCGGGGGACAUAACAAUAGCACCUACGGUAGCCAUAGUAGCCAGCAACAGGGCGGCAGGUAUUCGUACAACCAGCCGACCGGAGGAUAUGUAGGUCACCACAGCAACCGGGGAGGACAGAGCUACCAGCAACCACGUGACGGAUAUAGUGGUGGUGGUGGUGGUUAUAGCAACUCAAGGCACUCGGGUGGACAAGCAGGGGCAGGCUAUAAUCAAAGUAUGGGUUAUUCCGGAGGCCCUGGUGGGCGUGGGGGUCACCAUUUUAAUAAUAUGGGGUCUAAUCGGCCGCAAAACCCAGAGCGAGGUGGCUACCGCAACAAUUCUGAUCAGAAUGGUACACAACAGGGUGGGUACAGGUAUCAGGGAGGAAGCGGUGGCCGUGGCAGCGGUGGUAGGAGGUAUUGA